AUGUCUUGCUCGUCUCGAAUCUCCUCCCGGGCUGCAGGCAGCAGCUCGGUCAGGGUGUCUGCUGGUGGCAGCAGCUUCAGCAGCGGGAGCAGAUGUGGUCUGGGGGGCACCGCCACCCGGGGCUUCCGAGGAGGGGCCGCCGGCUGUGGCCUGAGCGGUGGCUUUGGAGGCGGCUUUGCAGGGGGUUUUGGUAGCUGCUCAGUAGGGAGUGGUUUUGGAGGAGCUUCAGGCUCUGGAGUUGGCUUUGGAGGGGGUUCUGGGUUCGGCAGGGGUUCUGGAUUCGGUGGCGGUGCCAGUGGAGGCUUCUGCGGCUAUGGUGGUGGUGUGGGGGGUGGUAUCGGAGACGGGGGGCUUUUCUCUGGAGGUGAAAAGCAAACCAUGCAGAACCUCAAUGACCGCCUGGCCAACUACCUAGACAAGGUCAGAGCCCUGGAGGAGGCCAACACUGAUCUGGAGAAGAAAAUCAAGGAGUGGUAUGAGAAACAUGGGCCCAGGUCUGGAGAUGGUGGCUCUGGAAGAGAUUACAGCAAAUACUACCCAAUAAUUGAAGAUCUUAAGAAUCAGAUCAUUACUGCCACUAUUGAAAAUGCUGGGAUCAUGUUGCAGGUUGACAAUGCCAGAUUGGCUGCUGAUGACUUCAGGCUGAAAUAUGAGAACGAGCUGCACCUCCGGCAGACGGUGGAGGCCGACAUCAACGGCCUUCGGAAAGUUCUGGACGAGCUGACCAUGACCCGCUCCGACCUGGAGAUGCAGAUCGAGAGCCUCACCGAGGAGCUGGCCUACCUGAAGAAGAGCCACGAAGAGGAAAUGAAGGCUAUGCAAGGAAGCUCCGGAGGGGAAGUGACAGUAGAAAUGAAUGCCGCCCCGGGAACCGACCUGACCAAGUUACUCAAUGACAUGAGGGCGCAGUACGAGCAGCUGGCCGAGCAGAACCGCAGGGAGGCGGAGGAGCAGUUCAACAAGCAGAGCGCAUCACUGCAGGCCCAGAUCUCCACUGACGCUGGGGCAGCCAGUUCCGCCAAGAAUGAGAUAACGGAGCUGAAACGGACUCUGCAGGCCCUGGAAAUUGAGCUCCAGUCCCAACUGGCCAUGAAAAGCUCCCUGGAAGGGACCCUGGCCGACACAGAGGCUAACUACAUGGCCCAGCUGUCAGAAAUUCAGAUGCGGAUCAGCAGCCUGGAGGAGCAGCUCUGCCAGAUCCGGGCGGAGACCGAAUGCCAGAACGCAGAGUAUGAGCAACUGCUGGACAUCAAAACCCGCCUGGAGAUGGAGAUUGAGACCUACCGCCGCCUGCUCGACGGAGAGGGAGGCGGUUCUGGUUUUGGAGGAUCUGAUUUUAGAAACUCCGGAUCCAGAAACACAGGAUCCAGGGAUUCCGUAUCUGGUGACUCAAGAUCUGGCUCUAACCAAGGAAGAGAUCCAACCAAGACAAGAGUGACUAAGACCAUCGUAGAGGAGGUGGUGGACGGCAAGGUGGUCUCAUCUCAUGUCAGCAAUGUUUCUGAGGUGAAAGUCAAAUGAGAAACUUCCAGA